AUGUCGAAAACCAUUCUCGACGUGGUCAAGGGAUGCGACAAUUUCGUUUCAAACGAUGAAUCCCCAUCUCAGCCAGAGACUCUGGGACAAUGCUACACCUUUAGAGUGAAUGGCUGCUGUGCCAUACUGGGGUAUAUUCUCCCCGAGGUUGUUGAAAAAGUCCAGUGGUCUGGCUGGUGGUCAAUUGAUCACCACCGACGCACGGUGACUUUAGCAACGCCGGCUACAGCUCCAGCCGACAUGCGCUCUCGCGUAGUUGAGGAAACUCUCAAGAAUACCAGAAAGCUAGCUGUCAUAUCGAUGCUCGAAAGCUGGCGAGACGAAGCCUUCCCGAUUUAUGGUCCAGGGGGAGAAACUUUGCUCGAAAUAGAACGUUGUGCAAGUGCAUUAUUUGGGAUUGUGACAUACGGUGUCCAGCUUGUUUGCUACGUGUGGGACGAGCAAGGCCUUCGAUUAUGGAUCGGCAAGAGAUCAGAACGCAAACAAACUUACCCGGGUAUGCUCGACACCACUGCAGCUGGCGGCCUCGUUGCUGGAAAGCUCCCGAUUGAAGCUCUUAUAUGCGAAGCACAAGAAGAAGCGUCCUUUCCCGAAGAAAUGGUGAGGAGGAACGUUAUACCCAUGAGCAACCUCACUUAUUUCCACGUCCGUGGGAGUAAGGCUGGAGGAGAGAUCGGCCUAUUUCAACCAGAGGUAGAGUAUACAUACAAACUCGAGUUAGAUCCUGGCACGGCCCCUGAGCCAAGGGACUCCGAAGUGGAGGGUUUUAGCUUAUAUACUAUCGAGGAAGUGCUUUGUGCUCUGAAAGAGGGACUGUUCAAGCCAAAUAGCGCUGUUGUUAUUGUCGACUUCCUCAUUUCGCAUGGCAUCCUCCGCGCUGACAACGAGCCUGGCUAUGCUGAAAUUUUGUCGCACUUACAUCGUGAGCUUGAAUUGCCUCUCCUAAUUUUACCCUCUAAAUGA